CCUGACGAGCUUCUUUCUGCUGGUGUCAGCAACAGGCCUUUUACCAUGAACAAUUCCACUCCAGCUACAGAUAAUGGGAACGAUAAGAAGAAAUUUAAAGGAGACAGAUUGCCAUGCUCCCCUUCACGUGUCCUUCAUCUUCGUCAAAUUCCAAGUGAUGUUACUGAAGCAGAAGUCAUUUCAUUAGGCCUCCCUUUUGGCAAAGUAACCAACCUCUUGAUGCUAAAAGGAAAAAGUCAGGCAUUUUUGGAAAUGGCUUCUGAAGAAGCUGCUAUUACUAUGAUGAACUACUAUACUCCUGCUACACCUCACCUCCGCAGUCGGCCCGUUUAUAUUCAGUAUUCCAAUCACAGAGAACUUAAGACUGACAAUUUACCUAAUCAAGCUAGAGCCCAAGCUGCACUGCAAGCUGUGAAUGCUGUGCAAUCUGGAAGCCUGGCUAUUACAAGUCCUUUUGCUGCUGAAGACAGACUUCUUCCAAGUCAAGGUUCUGUUCUUCGAAUCAUUGUUGAAAAUCUUGUCUACCCUGUCACUUUAGAAGUGCUCCAUCAGAUUUUCUCUAAAUUUGGAUCUGUCUUGAAGAUUAUCACCUUCACCAGGAACAAUCAGUUCCAAGCUUUGCUCCAAUAUGCUGAUCCAAUUAAUGCAUAUUAUGCCAAAAUGGCUCUGGAUGGCCAAAGUAUCUAUACUGCAUGCUGCACUCUGCAUAUUGAUUUCUCCAAGUUAACUACCCUUAAGGUGAAGUACAACAAUGACAAAAGUAGAGAUUUCACUCGCCUUGACCUUCCAUCUGGUGAUUGCCAACCUUCCCUGGAGCCAUCCAUAGCUGCUUCCUUUGGUAAGAAACCUUUGCUUUUA